AAAUGGGAUCGAAAGUUUCGUCAGUGUUCUCAAAGAAGAAGAAGCCGGAAAGUGUGAAGGUCAUUGGGUUUGAAGAUGAUAAAAUAGAAUUUCUUAUGCAGGAAGGUAAUAAGCCUCCUGCCUGUGUUGAUUGAACCCUGAUAGGAGGGAAUGAUAACAGCGAGGGCGUUUAUAGAGGGGCUUUUGAAGCAAUUUGAGAGCAUUAUGAAGAUCCUAAUGAUUUUUUUAUCCCUAAUUUGAGAACCAAGAACAAUUUCUUGUUUGUUCUAUUCAAUCUGGGUUAUUAUAAGUUCUUGGAAGAGAUUAUACAAAGUGAUGUUUUGGAGAAAACACUUAACUUUGAAAAGCAACAUAGCUUGCUUCAUGCCCUCGCAUUAGAGGAAAAUAUAUUUGAUAGCGACCAGAGAAGCUUAUUCGAUUUACUAUUCAAAAAAACUUAUAUUGUUACUAAGAACAAGCUGAAUAGAAGUUUUGUAGAGACGGCUAUAGCUCAAAAGUCGCCUAAUUUGGAUUAUAUCCAAAAGAAUAUCAUUGUUUUUAACCCUCAAAGAAUCUGGAUUUUUCAUCAAGUCUUAGUCGAGAAGCAUGGAUUGAAGAAAAACUUGUUACUAGAUGUUAUCAAGAAGCUCAAACAGGGAUGUUUUGUCAGGGAAAGGUACGCAAAAAUGCUUCAGAAGUCUAAGGGAUAAAGCAAUUAGACAGAAGAUGUUAUACACAUACUUUAUAAUUUCAAUUACGAAG